AUGCUCGGUCUCAACGUCCUCGUCACCUUCGGUCUGGUCGCCGUGGCUUCGGCCGGCAACAUGCACGGCAUGAACGACCUCAUCCGCCGCGACGAGUGCCCCACCGCCGUGACCGUCACUGUCACCGAGUGCGGUGUUGUUCCUGGCACCACGACUGCCCCCGGUGAGGGCACUGUUCCGGCUACCUCUGCUCCCGCUACCGAGACCAGCCCCGCUGGCAGCGCCACUGAGUCCAACCCUGGCGGCCCCGAGUCUCCCACUGGCACUGAGACCGGCACUGUUCCCGCUGGCACCGCUCCCACGACCACGGCUCCCGCUGGCACUGGUCCCGCCGCUACGUCGGGCGCUUCUGGCACCACUGAGGCUCCUGCUCCCUCUUCGGGUACCGAGACUGGCGGUGCUCCGGCCUCGUCGUCGGCUGGUGGCUCUGGUGGAUCUAGCUCUGCUGGUGCUUCCGAGACUACCGGUGGCGGUGCCAGCCCCACUGAGAGCGAGGCGGCUGGUACCUCUGCCGCUGCGUCUUCGUCGCUCGCGCCGUCCAGCGCUGCUGCGGCUGUCAAGCUCGACAACGCCAUGGCCGCCCUCUUCGCCGCCGGCAUCUUCGUCGCCCUUGCUUAA